GCUUUUCCAUUAGAUUUACUCGCCGCCCAGCUCUCUCCCAGAUCCGACCUGACUUGUAGCGUGCGAAAGAUACUUGCAUAUAUUAUAUAAAGAUGGCCUCACCUGUGCUGAGAUGGAUGUGGCUGAUGCUCGCCCUGGGCCUUUCGCCCAUUGCCAUGGCCUGGAUGGCACACUUUCGGCCAUCCAGCCUCACGCUGCGCAUGGAGAAGGGCGAUCGGGUGUCGCUCACUCUGGAGAACGUGCCGCCGUCAACGUUGCAGCGCCCCCAGCGAUAUGUCUUCCGCCUGGAGAGUGCCGCCAAUGACCUGGCCAGUGUGCCCGAGGAGAACUCCACCAUAGCAGUAGAUCUGUUGAAUCCGGACACACGAGACUGGACGGGCGACAUCCAGGUGAAUGCCCACUUUCUGGGCGAGACCAAGAUCACAGUCCGUCUGUUUGACAACAUGUCGAACAGCAGCCAGCUGCCGACGCAGGGCAGCAACGACAGCACGCUAGACGUGAAGGUGCAGCGGCCGAGCCGUGUGGUGGAUCAUGUCUUCAUCGGCUCCAUCGUCCUGCUUAUGUCGCUGCUGUACAUAAAUUUUGGGGCCGCCCUCAAUCUAGAUGUGCUGCGGGGAUUGGUGACGCGACCAGUCGGUCCCUGCAUCGGAUUCGUUAUGCAGGUGGUGGGUAUGCCGCUGCUAAGCUACGCUCUGGGAGUAUUCAUAUUCCCCGAGGCCCCGGCCAUGCAGCUGGGCCUCUUCUUCACGGGAAUCUCGCCCAGCGGCGGGGCAUCCAAUACCUGGUCUGCGGUGCUGGGCGGCAACAUUCAUCUCUCGGUGCUAAUGACAACGGUUAGCAAUGUGGCCGCCUUUGUCACGAUGCCGCUGUGGAUUUUCACACUCGGACAGCUGAUCUUUGAGCGGGCCGGGAUGCAGGUUCCAUACGGAACGAUUGCCACUUACUGUGCCUGCCUCAUCAUACCUCUGCUGAUGGGCUUGGCUGUACAGAAGCGUUCGCCACGCCUCACGCGAGUUCUCGUGCGCCUGUUGAAGCCCAUCUCUGCCUGCCUCAUCCUGUUCAUUGUGAUAUUUGCGAUCAUCACGAACUUUUAUCUAUUCUAUCUGUUCUCCUGGCAGAUUGCUGUGGCCGGCAUGGCCCUUCCCGGACUAGGCUACAUUUUUGCCUGGCUGGCUGCCAAGCUGCUGCAUCAGACCGCCGCCGAUGCCCUGACCAUUGCCAUCGAAACGGGCAUACAGAACACGGGCAUUGCCAUCUUCCUGCUGACCACCACGCUCGAGUCGCCGCAGUCGGAUCUCACCACAGUGGUGCCCGUGUCGGUGGCCGUGAUGACACCGCUUCCCCUGCUCGGCAUUUAUCUCUACAAUCGCUGCUGUCGCCCCAAGCCGGAUGAGGUGGCUGCAGGAGAGUCCCAGCGCAUUGUUUGAGGGAAAUUCAACGGCAUUUGUGUAUCUUUAUAUUUGUUUCAUUCAUCCGAUUGUACAUAUCUGUAUUAUAUAUAUACAUAUCUUUUACAUAGCGGCUUGCAAUGGUAUGCCGCCGAAGAGGUAGCUUUAUAGGCCAAGCCGAUUGUUAUACUAUAGAAAAUAUCUUAGUGAUACGAUUAUUCCACACUCUUCCACGUAUUAUUUGAUAAUAAAGAAACCCUCAUAAAAGUAUCAAAUG